CAGCUAGCGACUUCUCGCAUUCAAGCCCUAGCCUCUUCCUUGUUCUUCCAAUUAAACCCUAGGCUCUUCCUUGUUCUUCCAUUGAACCCUAGCCACUCUAACAUUGCUCUUCCUUGUUCUUCCAUUGAACCUGACGAGGUGGACGGCUCGAACUUCCUCCAUUGCUCUCUCUGUCUCUGAGUUUGGGAGAGUAAACUCACCCAAAAAAAAAAAGAUUUUUUAAUACACUUUUCCCUCGCGAGUUUAGCAGAGUGAACUCACCUCACCUAGGGUUUUGCAUCAGCUUUCGCCGCUAUAGCAGAAUGGAACAAAAUGCGUGCAAGGAAUUGUCAAAAAUUGCUUCGAAUUUCAAGUGCGAGAAGGUUCUCGAAACAGUUGAUGAAUCAAUCGUAUGCCCCACUCCACAAAAGAACGAGGAACCCCUAACUGUCAAAUCCAAAGAGGGACAAACCAACCUUCCUGAAAAAUACUCUACGCUUGCUGAUUUGUUUGGUCACAUGAGUUGUUCACUCAGAUUGCUGUAUCUGUGUAAAAAGGCUCCAAUUUUCAAAAUGUUUGCCGCCAGGUUGAAGUUCUUUCGAAGAGGAAAUUCUCCCAUGCCCAUCUUGCGCAGAUGAAGUAUAUACUCCCUAAAAGUGUGUAUAUAGAUAGGGUGCUUGUUCAUGAUAAGAAAAGCUUGUGUAUGGUGCCUGAUAUGAAGAUCACCUUGAAAUUUGAGGUUGUGAAAGAUUGCUUUGGCGAAUCUGCUGACCUGGCUCUUCGACGAUAUUUUAAAUCUAAGCUGAUUGAUUUCUUUGAUAUGCAUCCUGAGCUCCAGGACAUGCCUACCCAAAAGUCAACAUCAUCUUAUAAGCCAGCAAAAAGAGUGCUUGACUUUUCCCUCAUGGAGGACAAUGAUGGCUUGGGCAUUGAAAUGGACAAGUUAGAAUCUAUCAGAGCUCUGCAUGAAUCUAGCAGAGGAUGUUCUGAGGAUUGCAACUCUUUUGGUUCUGUUUCUGCACCUCAGGAGGCAAGAAAUAAUGCUCGGAUAUUGAUCUCUGGCUCAUUCAGCAACCGGUAUGAAAGGAUCACACGGUGUGCAAAAGGCUGGGAGUCCAACCAAGUGCCCAAGAGGAAGUCAUUGAAGUCAAGACAUUGUAUCAAGUCAAAUCAAGUGAAAUAGCAUUUGAGAAAAGAAAAUGUCUUCCUCUCGUUUGAUGGUUAUGUGUGUAUAAGUGUGAAAAAGUUUGAACAUUAUAUUGUAAUUAUGUUCCACUAAUAUAAUUUACACAAACACUACUAUAAAAAGAUGUUUCUACAUCGGUUCUACAGCAUAUUUAAA